AUGAGCCCGUUUUCCUCUGAGUCAGCAUGGCUCUGCUUGGCUGCCACCGCAGUGCUGGGGGGCAUGCUUCUCUGCAAAUCCGGGAGUCCCGGGCAGCUGCGGAGCCAGGUGCUGUGUCUCGCUGGCCUCUGGGGAGGUGCUUGCCUGCUCGGCCUGUCCCUCCUCUGCAGCGUGUUCCUCUUAUCGGCGUCCUGCUUCCUCCUGUACCUGAGUUCAUCGGACCAAGACUUGUUACCUGUGGAUCAAAAGGCGGUGCUGGUGACAGGUGCCGAUUCCGGUUUCGGUCAUGCUCUGGCCAAGCACCUGGACAAGCUGGGUUUCACGGUGUUCGCUGGAGUGCUGGAUAAAGAAGGCCCGGGAGCAGAGGAAUUGAGAAAAAACUGCUCUGAGCGCCUUUCGGUGCUCCAGAUGGAUGUCACCAAGCCAGAGCAGAUAGAAGAUGCUCACAGCAAAGUCACAGAGAAGAUUCAGGACAAAGGACUAUGGGCCGUGGUCAACAAUGCUGGGGUUUUACAUUUCCCAAUCGAUGCGGAACUCCUUCCCAUGACCUUCUUCAGAAAAUGCAUGGCCGUGAACUUCUUCGGAGCAGUUGAGGUCACCAAGGCGUUUCUGCCUCUGCUUAGAAAGUCCAAGGGCAGGCUGGUGAAUGUCAGCAGCAUGGGAGGCGUGGUUCCAUUUCAAAUGUUAUCAGCUUACGGCUCCACAAAGGCGGCUAUAACCAUGUUCUCAUCAAUCCUCAGACAGGAGCUUGCUAAAUGGGGAGUCAAAGUUGUUACCAUCCAACCUGGAGGCUUCAAAACAAACAUCACGGGCUCACAGGACAGUUGGGAUAAAAUGGAGAAGGAAAUCCUGGACCACUUUUCCAAAGAGAUUCAGGAGGACUACGGCCAGGAUUACGUCCGCAAGCAGAAGCACAUGCUCCUGGCCAUGAAAGACUUAUCCAACCUGGACCUCACCCCUGUGCUGCGGGAUAUCCACCAUGCCAUUUCUGCCAGGAAUCCCUCUUCCUCUUAUUCCCCAGGGCGAAUGACUUACCCGUUCAUCUGCUUUGCAGCCUAUUCCCCAUCCAGCUUACUGGACCAUUUUAUGAAAAAACAUUUUCGUCCAAUACAAAUGCCAAGAGCUUUAAGGACAGCGCAUUAG